AUGAUCGGAUGGGACCGGGAACGUCUCGUACACGGACAGUGUCAAGUAGUGGGUGUAACAUGCGGCGGUGGGUCUACCAAACGGGACGGACGAUUUCUUCGCAAGGGACUCGUCGGAGAUACACUCCUACUAGCCACACGACGAUUUGCCGACAAGUCGUCGACGGAACACGAAGCCGACGAAGAUGCCAACCAAUCCGUCCCCCCGUGGGACGCCACGACGACUACCGGUACUAGUAGGACAACAACAACGAAGACGACACCGCCGUCCGACACGGCACACCAACGGGUCUGGACGUCCCAACGAGAAACGUACGAAUGGCAUGACCGCAUAUUGGACGAAAAGACGCUCCGUCGGGAAAGCUUGUACGCCAUGAUUGAGGCGCAAAAAGACCACAGUGACAAGAGCAGUGGUGGACGCAUGAAAUCCCGACAACUCGGGGUGCUUCACGAAGACCCUGCUACCGAUAUGCAACUCUUGACACAAAACUACACACUCCCCGCCGUCGCCAGUGCCUUGCGGGAUCGGGAAGACGUCCUCCAGCAAGCGGCAGUCUUGGCGGACGAAGCAGACUGGCCGGCCCUUCAACGACUUUUGCGGAUUUAUCAUCCGAGACUGGUGCUGGAACGACGACAGUCCGGCGGAAAACUCAACGUCACCGCCUUGUUGGAUGAUUUUGCCCUCGAACGAUUGCGCAAAACGCUCGGGCGCAUGCCCCGGACCGUCGUGGCGGCACAUUCGCAACGAGCCGCCGUCGUCAUUCCACUCUGUACCGUACACGGUGUACCCUCGCUACUUUUGGAAAAACGAGCGUCCCAUCUAAGGGCACAUCCCAACCAAGUCUGCUUGCCGGGAGGGAAAGUUUGCGAAAUUGCGGACCGGACGAUUGUCAAUACAUGUUUACGAGAAAUGAAGGAAGAAAUUGGUGGGCUGGAGGACCAAAAUAUAGCCGUACUGGGCGUGUUCCGCACUAAUUGGGGCGAAGUGCACCACUUGGUCGGUGUCGCUGUUACACCCGUUGUUUGUUAUCUAGGGGAACUACCACCGGACCUGUACCCCAAUCCGGACGAAGUCGCGCAAGUCUUUACCAUACCGCUGCGAUCCCUCGUCGACCAAGAUGCCUGGGUGUAUAAGGAAGGACGCGCACCCAUCUUUUUGGGGGGUCCGCACGUGAUUUGGGGAUUGACGGGCUACAUUCUUGAUCGCUUCGCCAAAGAUAUUCUCGUCCCCAACAGCCGACCCGAUGGUACGGAAGAAGUCGUGCAAUCGGAAGACUUGCUGGAACGAAUCUAGUACGCCGGUGUGUAAAUAUACGAUACCCGGAGCCGCGUCGCGUGGAGAUUCAUUCACUGUCAACGCUCGGCCACGGCAAUUUGCCCUAAUAUCGUAACGUAUAAAAUGGCGACGUUUCCCUACACGA